UGUGGCAAUAAUAGUCAAGACGUCUUUGAAUGAUAGUAAAGUGGGCCUAUUUCAAGUGACCCACCGGGAUCAGCCUUAUGCCUCAAUUUGUGAAAUUACCAAAGAUUGUUUUAAGGACUCCUGCUACGUGUUUAUGGCCUCUGGGUUUACAUGGAUGUUUAACAGAGAUUAUUGUCGCGACUGCGGAUUUGACCUAAUUUCCAUUGAAACCGAAGAGGAAUGGUUCUUUAUUGAUGGCGAGAUUCGAAAUCGCGAUACUGCGGAGUGGUACAUCGGGUUGGAAAAAAAGGAAAGAAAUUGGACUUGGGUGAGUGAAAGGCCACUGACUAUCGGUAAAUGGAGAGCAAACCAGCCAAGCAAUAACAAUAGAGUGGCAUUUAUAAUCAGGGAGUCUGAUUCGGGUGAACAGGGCUUAUCUACUGAUCCAGCGGGGACAGAUCCCAAAGCUUUCAUUUGUGAGAUGCCCAAAGCAGGGCCAUCAUUGUCAUCUGCGACGGUAUGGCCAUCAGAAUCGGCAAAGGCAGUAGCGUUGUUAUCGCCAUCGAUCUCUUUAGGAACGUCGCCCUCACUGUUGCCAUCACCAUCGCUGUCUCUGUUUCGAUUGCCCUCGCCCUCACCAUCGCUGUCUCCGUUGUCGUCUUUGCUGUGGCCAUCGCCAUCUUUGAUAAUACCAUCUUCAUCGCCGUCGCCUUCAAAUUCAGUUCAGAAGCUGGCAAAUGAAUAUGUUUCCAAACUUCGCGGACUUGAUAGCAACAAAAAGACCUCUUUGCAGGAGGCUGUAAACGUGUUUGAAAACUUCAUCGUCAGCUUUGAAAAUAUGACAAAACUUCAUGAAGGCCAGUUCACCAUAGACGAGUUUCAGAAAGGAAGAGAAUCCAUCUUUAAUGUGGCUGUCGCCUUCGAGAAAUUUGCUCUUAAUUAUGGCAAGCAUCACCUUCCAAUAAAGAUUGUAAGCCACAAAAUGGUGCUGGAAGUCCAAAAGGCCGACCGCCAAAAUGCAAGUGACUUUUACCUCGACGUACACGAAUGGCAAACGAACAUCAAUAUUGCCUCUUCAAAUCUUGCAGAUAACGGAUCAGUGGUCGUCGGGUGCGUAUAUAAGAAUCUGCAAGACAUACUGCCGAAAAGUCAACCCAACAGGAAUGGAACAGGAAGCACAAGAUAUUUGGGUAGCAGAAUAAUAAUGGCAGCAAUGGAACCUAAACCAAAAAAAUUGCUAGAAAAUGUCGUCUUGAAGUUCAAAAACAUAAAGAUAGAAGAAAGGGUAAAGAAUUGCAUGUUUUGGAGAGGCUUCAGCGAAAGGAACUCCGACGGAUUUUCAGACGAAGGAUGCCAUGUAGUUACGUCGAGAAGCAAUUCAGAAGAAACAGUUUGUAGCUGCAAUCAUUUGACUCAUUUUGCUGUAUUAUUAGAUUACAACGAUGGUACAAAGCUUUCCAAACAGGAGGAGACUGUGUUGAAGAUAAUUACCUACGUAGGAUUAAGCUUGUCGAUCAUCGGGGUCCUUGUAACAUCAGCCUUGUACUUUUUCUUUACAGAUGUCCGUCAACCUCUGUCUCAGAUUCGAUUGAGUCUUUCUGUGUCCCUCGGAGUUGGACAGCUAAUUUUUCUCGCAGGAGUAAACGCCACAGAACACACGACUGCUUGUAUCGCAGUAGCAGCUCUGAUACAGUAUUUCCUGAUGGCUGCCUUUUGCUGGAUGCUGGUCGAGGGAAUCUACCUCUACCUGUUCGUUGUGAAAGUUUACAACAUCAACACCAAGAUGCGCAUGUAUCACGUCAUCUCAUGGGGUUUCCCUAUGAUCAUGAUGGCCGUUUCACUUGGCAUUGCUGCUGCGAAAGAAGGAAUGCAAAGCUAUGUCAGUGAUAAAUAUUGUUGGCUGUCUUCGACCAACAAUCUGAUCUGGAUAUUCAUCUCCUUUGUAACGUUCAUCGAAGUUGUCAACAUCUUGAUACUCGUACGAGUCAUAAAGGAGAUGACCAAUUUGGUGCAGCCAACAGGUGAAGACGACCAUAUUCAGCAAAUACGAAUUGGUAUCAAAGCUUGCGCACUGAUGAUUCCUUUACUGGGUGUCACGUGGCUGUUUGGUCUUCUUUCGCCUAUACAAAAGGCUUUUGCUUACAUUUUCACAAUACUCAACUCUACUCAGGGUUUCCUGAUUUUUGUUCUACACGGCUUACGAAACAGUCAGAUCAGAGAGCGAUUGAAAAGAAAGAUGAACGUGGUUUUUACCACUUCAAAUAAGGAGGACUCCACAAGGAAGAGCCCACAGGUCAAUUCAAUUGACGUCGGCGAUGCCCGGGCAGUUGAAUUGCAGCCUCGCAGUGACGUUAAAUCGAAUUAGCACUCUACUUAGGUCAAUGGAUUUAACUGUCCGCCAAUAACAUUCUAUUGCAUUGAACGAUUGUGUAGUAAAUAGCGAUUAGUCGAUGGCGAUCG